UUCGCGCCAAAUUGACAAUAUUUUGCGCCGUUUACACGAGAUUCUUUAAUGAUUGUUGUUUGUGUUAUUUUGUAGUGUGAUAUUUGUCAAUUGUUGUUAAAAAUUGUGAAAGUUUGUUAAUAAUAAAUAUGAAUAAGAAACCAUUUACUGGUCCUCCGGCGAAAAAGUCAAAAACCGGAGAUGACGAUGACACUCCUUCUACAUUUGAAUCAGAGCUUGCAUCAAUGUUCGAUGGAGAAGAUGAUGAUUUUUUGGAAAUGGACACCGUGAAAGGAGAAGGGCCAGAGCAGGAAAAUACUUCGGCAAAAUGGAGCAGACCUCCUCCUCCAAAUUUAAAUCCUUCAAAAGAUAAAUUAUGCUUUCAACAAAUCGACGUCGAUCAUUAUACAGAUCAACCACUUCCUGGUAUGCCAGGAAGCAAGGUAGGUCCUGUUCCAGUGAUGAGAUUAUACGGAGUCACAGAAAAAGGAAAUUCAGUCUGUUGUCACGUACAUGGAUUUUGUCCUUAUCUGUUUGUCACUGCACCAACUUUAUUUACAAACAAUCAUUGCGCACCCUUCAAGGAAGCACUUAACAAUGCUGUGAUAAAAGAUAUGAAAUCGAAUCCUGAAAAUAUUCAAGAAGCGAUUUUAGCAGUUGAAUUAGUUAAAAAACAAAGUGUUUAUGGAUACAACGGUUCAGAUUUGCAACCAUUUCUCAAAAUAACAGUAGCUUUACCAAAAUUAACUGCACCUUGUAGACGAUUAUUGGAAAAAGAAGCUGUUUACGCCGCCUUUAGUAAUCACUGUUAUCAAGCUUUUGAAAGUAACAUCGAUUUUGAUAUUCGAUUUAUGGUUGACACAAAUAUGGUUGGCUGUUCAUGGAUAGAAUUACCACCUGGAAAAUGGAAAUCGCGUGGUUAUUAUAAUCACGCCUUACCAAUAACUUCAAGAUGUCAAAUGGAAGUUGAUGUUGCCUGGGACGCUUUCAUCGCUCAUGCACCGGAAGGCGAAUGGUCAAAAGUAGCUCCAUUCAGAAUUCUUAGUUUUGAUAUCGAAUGUGCCGGUCGUAAAGGAAUAUUUCCCGAGCCAAAUCACGAUCCAGUUAUUCAAAUUGCUAACAUGGUGAUUAGACAGGGUGAGCCUGAACCUUUUUUACGAAAUAUUUUCACCUUGGACACAUGUGCUCCAAUUGUUGGAUGUCAAGUGCUUAGUUAUCAAACCGAACAAGAAAUGUUGAGGAAAUGGGCUGAAUUUAUUCGACAAUUGGAUCCCGAUAUUUUUACCGGUUACAAUAUUAAUAAUUUCGAUUUUCCCUAUUUAAUUAAUCGUGCACAACAUUUAAAAGUGAACGAUUUCAAUUAUUUGGGACGAAUAAAAAAUAUCAAAUCAAUUAUUCGCAAUCAAGUAUUGCAAAGCAAACAAAUGGGUAGACGUGAAAAUAAACAUGUUAAUUUUGAAGGACGAGUACCCUUCGAUUUAUUAUUGGUCUUGGUAAGAGACUACAAAUUGCGAUCGUACACGUUAAAUGCAGUGAGUUAUCAUUUUUUACAAGAACAAAAAGAGGACGUUCAUCACAGUAUUAUUUCUGAUUUACAAAAAGGAAAUGCCCAAACACGUCGUCGACUUGCCGUUUAUUGUUUGAAAGACGCAAUGUUACCUCUUCGUUUAUUAGAUAAAUUAAUGUGUAUUAUUAUUUAUAUGGAAAUGGCAAGAGUUACUGGCGUUUCAUUAUCAACUUUAUUGACAAGGGGACAACAAAUUAAAGUUGUUUCACAACUUUUACGAAAGACCCGAGAACAGGGAUAUUUGAUUCCAACUCAUCAGGGUCAGGGUGUGGACGAUCAAUUUGAAGGUGCAACUGUUAUUGAACCAAAACGUGGCUAUUACAGUGAUCCAAUUGCAACUUUAGAUUUUAGUUCACUAUAUCCGAGUAUUAUUAUGGCACACAAUUUAUGUUACACGACACUUCUCACUCCUAGUGCACAGCAUAAAUUACAAUUGCCAAAUGAUGAUAUCACAAAAACACCGCAUAAUUCAAUGUUUGUUAAAACAAAUGUGCGAAAGGGACUUUUACCUGAGAUUCUUGAGAAUUUAUUGAGCGCGCGAAAAAUUGCAAAAGCUGAAUUAAAAAAAGAAGAGGAUCCCCUCAAGAAAAAAGUACUCGAUGGACGACAAUAUGCAUUGAAAGUAUCGGCGAAUUCCGUUUAUGGUUUCACUGGCGCUCAAAUGGGAAAAUUGCCCUGUUUGGAAAUAUCAGCGAGUGUAACGGCUUAUGGACGUACAAUGAUUGAAAAAACAAAACAAGAAGUCGAAGAGCAUUAUUGUAAGAAAAAUGGCUAUAAACAUGAUUCAAAUGUUAUUUACGGUGAUACGGAUUCGGUGAUGGUGAAAUUUGGCGUCACUGAUAUUCGUGAAGCGAUGCAAUUGGGAAAAGAGGCCGCCGAAUAUGUCUCAUCGAAAUUUAUAAAACCAAUAAAACUUGAAUUCGAAAAAGUCUACUAUCCAUAUCUUUUGAUAAAUAAAAAACGUUACGCCGGUCUUUAUUUCACAACACCUGAGAAAUAUGACAAAAUGGAUUGCAAAGGUUUGGAAACAGUUCGCCGUGAUAAUUGUCCCCUUGUUGCCAAUAUGAUGAACACAUGUUUGCAAAAAUUGCUCAUCGAUAGAAAACCAGACGAUGCAGUCGACUAUGCAAAACAAGUGAUCAGCGAUCUUUUAUGUAAUCGAAUAGACAUUUCACAAUUGGUUGUGACAAAAGAAUUGACAAAAACUGAUUAUACAGCAAAACAAGCGCACGUUGAAUUGGCGGCAAAAAUGAAGAAACGUGACGCUGGUACAGCGCCAAAACUUGGUGAUCGUGUACCAUAUGUAUUUAUUAAUGGUGCAAAAGGUGCGCCAGCCUAUCAAAAAGCUGAGGAUCCAAUUUAUGUUUUAGAAAAUAAUAUUCCAAUUGAUACAAAUUAUUAUUUACAAAAUCAAUUGUCAAAACCAUUGGUGAGAAUAUUUGAGCCAAUAUUAGGCGAUAGAGCCGAAUCACUUUUAUUGAAGGGUGAGCAUACGCGUACAAAAAUUGUUGCAACAUCGCGUGUUGGUGCACUUGUUGCAUUUACAAAGAAAAAAGAAAUUUGCCUUGGUUGUAAGGCUGUUUUAACGGCGGAUCGUGAAAAAUUGGCUCUAUGUAAAUUUUGCGAGGAGAAGGAGGGUGAAUAUUUUGAAAAAGAAGUCACCGCUGGCCGUAAACUUGAGGAGAAAUUCUGUCGAUUAUGGACCGAAUGUCAGAGAUGUCAGGGAAGUCUUCAUCAGGAAGUUUUGUGUACUAGUCGAGAUUGUCCCAUUUUCUAUAUGAGAAAAAAAGUACAAAUGGAUUUGGAUGCACAGAUGAAGAGAAUCAGCAGGUUUGGUGUUCCCGAAUGGUAAUUAUUUAUUUAUUUUUUUUUUUGUUACCCAUCUUUCAUUAGUAUUUACAUCUGUACAGUUUUUUUCCACCAAUUUUUUCUUAUGAAAUAAAAAGCAUUUUUUUAAAAAAAAAA